AUGGCAGCAAGUACAACUCAAGCACUAGUAGCCGCCCUGGAGGCAGCAGGCCUUCCGCGCGAGCUCGGACUGGCGAAGGCCGCCGACGCCCUCGCCGACGCUCUCGACGGGUGUGGGGCGACCAAGAGCGACGAGCUGCCGGUGGCCGAAGCUGCGGUGGUGGGGGUGAUGCAGGCACUGGCGGAUUCGGUGCUCAGCGCCGAAGGCAAGGUCGACGAGGCUGAGAGCACUCAAGUACUCCAUGCUCUGGCGCUGAUUGCCUCCGCGCUGCCGUGGCUCGCCACCCGGUUUGUGGCGGCGCUCGACUCGGCCCACCUGGUCGUCCUGCUGGCGCUGUGCGAGCCUGAUGGCCGGACCGGGCCCGAGACGGCCGAAGCUGCGGCACUGGCGCUGGUAGGCAUGGCCUCGACCGCGGAUGCGCGCAAGAUCUUGUAUCGUGUCUUCUCGGUCUCCCGCCUCCGCCGAGUGGCCUCGGACGCCAGUCCGGGCGUCCAGGUCUAUGCCCUCAAGAUGCUGGCGUAUGCGGCGGCCGACGUUGUCACGGCGCUGCUGGACAAGGUCAUCGCCGCGUCUGAGGCUUCAGCCACGGAUGCUUCCUACGUCGAAGAUCCGACCGAGCUGCUGAGCUCGGCCGACUUUGCUGACCUCCGCAACAAGGUAAUCGACCUGGCCAACACACUCAUGGCUUUCGCCUCUGACCCCAUGCUCGACGAUGAGCUACGAGUUCAGGCUGUGGGCGGGCUCUCGUUUGUGCUGCAACUUGGCAAGGAGAUGCAUCAUCGGGCCGAGUUUGAAGCCGGCGUCUGGGCGCACAUUGACGCUCAGCUUGCUGGCCUCGAGCCGCCGCCGCCGCCGUUUCUGGUCUCGAUUGUGUCGUGCAUGGCCGAGCUGGCGAGCUCCGAGCCGCUAAGCGUGUGCUCGGCUGCGCGCGAGGCUCUGGCCCCGCUUGUGAGCGAGGUCAAGAUGCAUGACUCACUCGCACUACUCUGUGGCACCUACUUUUUGCUCGAGCAGCUGGUGUACUCGCAGGAGAGGCGGUGGCAGAUUGUUGGCCUCCGUGCGCUGCUGCUCUGCGCCCGCGAUGCGUCAGUCUGGCGCGUCUUGUGUGAGACCGGUGGAACGUUCCGGGUAGCAGCGCUUGCCGACUCUGCGGCGCCUGGCGACCCGCUCCACACGCUGGCUGUAGAGAGCCUUGUCGGCAUGGUGCGGAGCGGUGGGGCGCUGCCGCUGGGCGCAGCCCAGGACGCGCUGGAGUUUUUCGCGGGCGCAGUGGCACGGCUGGCGAGCCCACCUCAUGUGCGUCGCGCUGCGCUCGACGGCAUGGUUGCGGUGACGGCCCGCCACGUCGUGACGGGCGUGAUCAACGCGACGGCCGGCGUCGAGCCCGACCCUGCUGGAGAGACGCGCGGUGCGUCAGUUACGCUCGUCGGGACGAAGAUGUAUGUGUUUGGCGGCGAGCUUGCCGACGGGAGCAGAACGAACAUGCUGCGGACGCUCGAUGUGGUGAGCGGGGCAUGGGAGGUCGUCGAAGCUGCGGCGUCGUCGAGUGUUGUGCCUGCGGUGCGGACACGGCAUGCAGCGGCGCGGGUCGGGCACACACUGUACAUCCACGGCGGCCUCGCGCUGACCUCGACGCCGACAUCUUACCUGCACGCGUUUGACACGGUGACUCGCGAGUGGCGCGAGGUGGAGUGUGUGGGCAAGCCGCUGCCGCCGCGGACCGGGCACACGCUCACCGGGCUGCACGAUCCAGACGCACUUGUCGUUGUCGGCGGCUACUGCGACGGAUACAAGUACAAUGACGUGUGGGUCCUUGCGCUCGACGUCGAGGACGAUGGACGCGUGCGGAGUGCGCUGUCGAUGAUCACCGGCAACGGGCCGACACUCCGCGAUGGCCACGCCACGCUGGAGGCCUCGCACCUGGAGACUGGAAGCUCUGGGCGGAAGCUCAUUGUCACUGGCGGCUUUACCCUUGCCACGCACGGCGAUUCGUACCUGCUCGAUCUUGGACACCGGACGUGGACAAAGCUUGGCGAGAGCGGGCGGCCGCGGGCGGCGCAUGCUGCGUUCUGGACUGGGCCGCACGCCUUUGGCGUUUUUGGCGGCUGGUCGCUCCUUGCUGAGGAGCGGGUCGCGUUUGACAACAAGCCAUGGGAGGCGCGCGCCGACGGCCGCGACGAGGCCGGCGAGAGCGCCGCCGCCGCUGACGACGGUACCGACGCCGAGGAGCAGCGGCGGACGUACGCUACCACUUUGUAUUCGGAAGGACGCAAGCUCGGCGACCUUGCGCUUUGCGAGCUCAUCACCGACAAGUGGACAAGUGUCCAAUACGAGGGCGUGCAUGUGGUUCCGCGGUCGCUGGCGGGUUGCGGCGGGCUGGCAGGCAACGUGCUGUGGAUGGUAGGCGGAGCCGGGCGGGAGGGCGAGGCGCCGGUCGACACGGCGCGGCUGCAGCUGGUGCGACGGCUAGAGACGGUGCCGGAGGCCGUCAAGGUGUGGGACGCAGUGCUUGUGGCACUGAGCAACUCGGACGACGAAGAUGACGUGGUUGCCUUUGCCGACUUGCUGCGCAACUUGUCUGUGGCGUCGGCCGACGUGCCGAGCCUGGCGGCCAAGUAUCUGGCAGCGCUCACCGUUGCGGUCGAGCACCCUAGCGAGCGGGUGCGGCAGGCGGUGGCAGCGGCAAUUGCCAGCCUGGCGACCAGCUCGGUCGAGGCUGCCGACGCCACCCGGAUGACAGGCCUGCUUGCCAAGCCCGAGCUGGCUGCCGGCGUGGCCAGCCUCUCGCCGCGCAACCUGCAGCCGAGCCUGCAACCGGCACGUGAGCUGCCAGGCACUGUCUCGGAGGGCGAGCUUCUCAUCCACGCUGGGCUCACGGGCGUCGUCUCUUUCACAGUCGAUGUGGCUGACACAGUCUUCCUCUAUUCGUUCAGCCUUGCAGCGCUCGACAUCGACUUUGCCGUCUACUGGCGCUCGUCCGAGCUGACUGAGGACAUGGCGGUGGUGCCGCUGCGGCGCGUGCCCGCGGCGCCUGGCGGCGGCGACGUCGUUUACGAUGCGCUGCUUGUCGCGCCGGUUCCGGGCGUUUACUCGUUCAAGUGGUCGAACCACUACUCGUGGAUGACCGGAAAGACCGUGCGGUAUCGCAUCAAGUCGUUUGUGCCCGAGGUCGAGGCUGAGGCUGAGGCUGAAGCUGCGACUGAGGCCGAGGGCGAGGUUGUGGCUGAGGCCGAGUCUGGGGCGGACGAGGCUAAGGCCGAGUCUGGGGCCGAGAAUGCUGCCGAUGGGACCGUGCCUUUGGUCAAGAAGCGCAAGCGGAAGAGGAAGAAGCGGGCGCGCCGGCGGCGGUCUGUCAAGGCAAAAUCGGGAGGCGAGGCUGAGGCUGACGACGGCGAGACCAACGAGGCCGCCACGAACAUCGGCUCAACACUGCCACCCGCUGGCGGCUCGCGGACCAACUCUGUGGCGUCGCUGGUGACUGGCGACCUCGGCGAUGGGUAUGUCAAGGGCGAGAGUGAGGAGUAA